CUGCCACCCCAGAACGUGUUCAUGGCACAGAGUGACCACGGCCACUCUCUGUUCUCGCCUCCGAGCCAGCCUUAUGACAAGUCCCUCCACACCGUGAGCACCACCCUCUCCCCAGGCCAGCAGGAGAAGCUUCCGGCCGCGGCCGGGGCACCCCAGUCCAAGGGCUGGGAGCGGUCUGGAAACCCAGGCCUCCAACACCUCCAGGCUGGAAGUGGGCCGACGACCCCGUCCGGGCGGGGCGGCUCUGGGUGUCUCAGCCGGAUUUUUCCACCGGGCCGACAGGAUUGGUCCUCCGGGCGGCGCCGCGGAACUACAACUCCCAGCAACCUAACUGCCCGGACUUCCGGAAGCCAAAGCCCCACCGGCAGGAAGCCGCUGAGACCCGGCCAAGAGGCCGGGGGUUCAUUUAGCAAGAAAAAAGGGGGCGGGAAGGUCUGUGGUGCUAACCUGUCAUUUCGCCACCAUGAACGUGGUUUUUGCUGUGAAGCAGUACAUUUCCAAAAUGAUAGAGGACAGCGGACCGGGUAUGAAAGUACUUCUCAUGGAUAAAGAGACGACUGGCAUAGUGAGUAUGGUAUACACACAAUCAGAGAUUCUUCAGAAGGAAGUGUCUUUUGAACGUGUUGAUUCUCCAAAUCGAGAGAUCAUGAAACACUGAAAGCAAUUUGUUUCUUCGACCUACGAGAAUGUAGAUUAUCUGAUUCAGGAGCUGCGAAGACAAUACAGUAUAUAUUUUAUUUAUUUCAGUAAUGUGAUCAGCAAGAGUGAUGUGAAGUCACUAGCUGAAGCUGAUGAACAGGAAGUUGUGGCUGAGGUUCAGGAAUUUUAUGGUGAUUACAUUGCUGUGAACCCACAUUUGUUUUCCCUCAAUAUUUUGGGUUGCUGCCAGGGUCGAAAUUGGGAUCCAGCCCAGCUGUCCAGAACAACUCAAGGACUGACAGCUCUCCUUUUAUCUCUGAAGAAAUGUCCCAUGAUUCGUUAUCAGCUUUCAUCAGAGACAGCGAAGAGGCUUGCAGAAUGUGUUAAGCAAGUGAUAACUAAAGAAUAUGAACUGUUUGAAUUCCGACGGACUGAGGUUCCUCCGUUGCUACUGAUUUUGGACCGCUGCGAUGAUGCCAUCACCCCACUGCUAAACCAGUGGACAUAUCAGGCCAUGGUCCAUGAACUCCUGGGCAUAAACAACAAUCGGAUUGAUCUUUCCAGAGUGCCGGGGAUCAGUAAAGACUUAAGAGAGGUGGUCCUAUCUGCUGAAAACGAUGAAUUCUAUGCUAACAAUAUGUACCUGAACUUUGCUGAGAUUGGUAGCAACAUAAAGAAUCUCAUGGAAGACUUUCAGAAGAAGAAACCAAAAGAACAGCAAAAACUGGAAUCAAUAGCAGACAUGAAGGCUUUUGUUGAGAAUUACCCACAAUUCAAGAAGAUGUCUGGGACUGUAUCAAAGCACGUGACAGUGGUGGGAGAGCUGUCCCGGUUGGUCGGUGAGCGGAAUCUGCUGGAGGUUUCAGAGGUUGAGCAAGAACUGGCCUGUCAAAAUGACCAUUCUAGUGCUCUCCAGAAUGUAAAGAGGCUCCUGCAGAACCCCAAGGUGACAGAGUUUGAUGCCACCCGCCUGGUGAUGCUUUAUGCUCUGCAUUAUGAGCGACACAGCAGCAACAGCCUGCCGGGACUGAUGAUGGACCUCAGGAAUAAGGGUGUUUCUGAGAAACACCGAAAGCUUGUGUCUGCAGUUGUUGAAUAUGGUGGCAAGCGGGUCAGAGGAAGUGACCUCUUUAGCCCCAAAGAUGCUGUGGCUAUUACGAAACAAUUCCUCAAAGGACUGAAGGGAAUAGAAAAUGUCUAUACUCAGCAUCAACCUUUCCUACAUGAGACCCUGGACCAUCUCAUCAAAGGAAAGCUUAAGGAAAGCCUGUACCCUUAUCUAGGCCCCAGCACACUCAGAGACAGACCUCAGGAUAUCAUUGUGUUUGUCAUUGGAGGAGCCACCUAUGAAGAAGCUCUAACAGUUUAUAACCUGAACCGUACCACUCCCGGAGUGAGGAUUGUCCUGGGAGGAACCACAGUGCACAACACAAAAAGUUUCCUAGAGGAAGUUCUGGCUUCUGGAGUGCACAGCCGAAGCAAGGAGAGCUCUCAGCUCAUGGCGAGGUCAGCAAGCAGAAGGUGAAAUGGUGAUGGAGAGGUGAAGACGAUGGCACAGUCUCCUCUGGCCACGCUGCAGGCUUUCCCACCGACCGGAGACAACGGAGAAGGGACUUGGGUUUUGUGCUUGUUCUUACAACCCGUCUGCAGCUAGCCUGCUGGUUCCUGAGCUGUUGGCACAGACGCCCAGACUCCCAGCGAUGAGUUGGGAGUAAGUCUGAGCCCAUCCCAACCCACUUUUCUCGUGGUUUCUUUAGCAAAUAAAUAAAUACACGUAUUCCUUGUGUUUAGUAGCACAAUCACUUCAGUUUCUGAUGAAUUUUUUUGGGACCUUACUUGAGAAAAAGGUUAUCAGAGCAUAGAGGAGUUUUUAAAAGUAAUCAUUUGAUGCACAUGCUACACUCUCUCUCCUCUUGACCCCUUUCACUUUUUUCAUUAACCACAUUCCUGCACAACUCAUUUCUGAAAACUCAUCAUGUUUCUGUAGAGAGCCAUCCAAAAACAUUGUCUGUCCCUACGUUGCAAUUUUCUGUGGCACUGAAACCAUGUAUGACUGUAAUAAAAAUCCAUU